AGCUGUUCGUCAUUUGUCAAGCGGUUUGGACAUGGAGCAGUCGGGUGCUUCGAGGAGCACGCAGAAAGUGAAGCAUAAACCUUUUGCAGAGAAACCGGACGAAGUGUGGGCGUGCGACAGAUGUUAUCGGAUUCGAAGAAAGUGUGACUCGGCCAGACCAUCAUGUGGAGCAUGUGCGGCCCGUGGAAGGAUAUGCGUGUAUAGUCCACAUAGUCGCUCUCGGGACCGUGGGGCCAGCGGAAGUCGAAGUCAGAAUCGGGGAGGCCGACGCUAUGAUCGAACGGCCUAUAUCCGGAUGCUGGAGUCCAGAGUGAGAGAGUUGGAGGAAAUAUUGAUCGGUAGUAGUAGUGACACUAGCCGGGAGAGCGGCGAAAAUGAUACCUUGGUAUCAGAGAAGCCACAAAACGCGACCUGUCCGCCGAUCAGCGUCACGGGCCCGGAGACCGCUUUAGACGGGAACGAUGCGAUCGUUGCAGGAGUCUCGAACCUCUCCAUCCGCUCCCCUGCUCUCAUUGCGAGUAACGUCCCCUAUAACAUGAUGUGCCCUUACGCUGUGGGCCCAAUACUGGAAGGACCGAUUGCCGACUGUGUUUCAUCGCCAGAAGUGAUCAGACACCUAGCCCAAGUGUUCUUUGAGUGUUAUUACAGCGCCGCCACCAUGCUACCGUUUCAUGAGGCAACGUUUAUGCGAUCGUUACAUCGACAGCCCAUGUUUGUGGUUAUGUCGAUAUGUGCCUGCGCAGCACCAUUAUCUGACCAUCCGGCGCUCAAGGCGUACGCCGAAGCAAGAGGCUUGCCACCGUACAUCGCCGCAGAAUAUUUCUUUUGGAAAGCACGUUCGAUGAUCCCACAAUUGCUAGAGACACCGAACCUUGACACCGUUUUAGGGCUUGGAAUGCUUUCCAGUUCCGCGAACACGCUCGGGUUAGUCAGUGCUCGGAAUUCAAUCCUCGCUUUGUGCAUUCGAAUGGCAAUGGAACUUCGUUUGAACGUGGAUCCAGAUAUUGUUUCGGUGCAUGGUCCGUUGACGUUUCUGCAAAAGGAAACUCGUCGGCGGAUUUGGUCUUGUCUCUGGUUUUUGGAAGCUGUUGACACGAGCAUGAUGGAUCUGCCACCUAUUAUCAAGGAUGAGGAUAAACCGGUGGUUGAAAUAGAUAAUGUCCCUCGCUUUGGUGAUUCUGUGCAUCACUGGGCUGUAAAGUUUCCGGGCACCGAGUCGACGUGGCAGAGCAUCAUGGACGAAAACGACGAGCCACCCGUAUCGAAUGAAACUGAGCCUGACUCGAUGACAUUAUGGAUUGUUGUGGUUCAAAUAUGGACCAAGGCUUUCAAGUUUGCAGGAACGAUUGGCACGAUGGUGCAACGGGCUAUCGACGACGGCCGGCGAGAUCGCAUGGCCAACGAACAGGUGAGCCCUGCGGGCGGCCCAGAGGCGCUUGCGAAGAUUCUAGAAGAACGUCGCAAAACGCGGGCAGAGCUUGAACAAGCAUUAGUCAACUGGAUGAACUCGACACCAAGUUGGUUCCAUAACAUUGACAAGUGGGAUCACUUUGCUCUCUCUCUCGUGUCCAAAUCACCUCCACCCUGGAACACCCUCCACGCGCAUUUAUAUUAUCAUUGUGGCUUUAUCCUUCUCCAUCUUCCAACUGUACUCGAAUCCCAUUAUCAUCCCAGCGAGAAUGGAUUGUCAGAGUCUGCUGGCGCGGCGUACGCAAUAUGUCUCGAUCAUGCUCGUAGAAUUGCCCAUUUAUUGCGUAAAGCCAUUCGACUCGACCCAGACGCGAAGCUCAUCGGCUAUUAUAGCAUGUGGUGUGUGUAUUAUUCGGCGUUGAUUCUGAUAAUGGCUACAAAGACGACCGUUGUUGAGGAGGAACUGGCACAAGUGCAAAAUGACUUGCAGGUUCACUUGAACUGCCUUCGUCAAGUGGGCCGACGGCGAUAUUUGAUAAAGCACAUGGAGGAGAAUCUCCUGAACAUAAUAGCGGAAGGGGAGAAAGCAAAUGGACCUAUUCUUGCGGGAUGGAGUCGGCAAUAACCUGCUACAGCCAAUGCUAAAACUAGCCAAUACCCGGACUAAUUCUGUAUGUAGCUUGCACUUUUUUGAAUUAUAGAUUAGUUUUGGGAUGAUCCAAGAAUGCCUGUUAUUUAUUUGUAACUUAGUUCAGUAUCA